GGGCGUGCCUCAUUCGUUGUGGAAACUUUACCGGCUCGGGUGCAAAGUUUCAGCCGUCUGCAAAUCAAAGUCUACGCUAACGUUUCUGAAAUAUACCCGUCUUUUAAUUUUCCCAGUUAGCCGCUUUUGAGGACCCAACAUCGUUUUUUUUGCUCUAUCUGGAAUUGGAGUCGGUUGUAAAAAUCGUACGAUAAUUACGAAUUUUUAACGAGCAUAUACAUAUUUACAAUACGUGAUGGAAUCCCAUCAUAUGCUUCCAGUCUCGAUUGGCACGCUACAGAUAGCUACCAGCAUAUUGUAAGCUAACUAGCUAGCUAACUCAGUUAUCUAGCUAAACGAGUGACCCAGCGGAGAAAAAUGGCUUGUGAGCCUAAUCGUGUGCGGCUACUAUGCAUGCUUUCAUUGACAUUUGGUUUUUUUAUUGUAGAGGUAGUCGUCAGUCGGAUCACGGCAUCUUUGGCAAUGCUGUCGGACUCAUUUCAUAUGCUAUCGGAUGUCAUUGCGCUGGUUGUGGCUUUGGUGGCGGUGCGCUUCUCUGAGAAGACGCAAUCGACAAAAAAAAACACGUUCGGAUGGAUCCGGGCGGAGGUGAUGGGGGCUCUCGUAAACGCAGUGUUCCUCACAGCUCUCUGUUUCACCAUUAUCUUGGAGGCCGUCGAGCGAUUCACCAACCCACAUGAAAUCGAGAAACCCCAUGUAGUAAUCGGUGUGGGGGCCGCCGGGCUCCUGGUCAACCUCCUCGGGCUGUGCUUGUUCCACGGACACGCAGGUGGUGGACACGGGCACUCUCACGGAGGAGGCCAUUCUCAUGGAAAUAAGAAAAACAAGAGGGGUAAAAUAUGCAAGUCAGAAAAACCGAAUGGAUCAUCAGGAGAGGAGUCCAACAACCUGGUGGGAAGCCACAACAGCCCCCCUAAUGGCGUGGACACUGAGAGACGUAGACAUGAGAUUGUUUGCAACGACAGCGAGGUGCAUAUGAACGGCAGUGCCGCCUAUGAGGACAUGGACCACAGCCACGACGAGGGUUCACUCAACAUGCGGGGCGUGUUCCUGCACGUGCUGGGCGACGCCCUGGGCUCGGUCAUCGUGGUGGUCAACGCCCUUAUCUUCACCUUUGUGUGGCGGCCGUGCCCGCCUGGCGAAAGCUGCUUCAACCCAUGCCUCUCGACAGACCACCCGCACGUUAACCACACCCUGGUGGACCUGUCCAUGGACGGCAACGGUUCUGGCUUUCAGCGGAGCAUGGUGGGGCCAUGCUGGGUGCUCUACCUUGACCCCACGCUGUGCAUCAUCAUGGUGGGUAUCCUGCUCUACACCACCUACCCACUGCUCAAGGAGUCUGCGCUGAUCCUCCUGCAGACGGUGCCCAAACAGAUCGACAUGCAUCGCCUCAACGAGCGGCUGCUCUCGCUGGACGGUGUGCUGGCCAUUCAUGAGCUUCACAUCUGGCAGCUGGCGGGCUCGCGCAUCAUCGCCACGGCGCACAUCAAGUGCCACGACCCCACAUCCUACAUGGACGUGGCCAAGCGCAUCAAGGACUUCUUCCAUGACGAGGGCAUCCACGCCACCACCAUCCAGCCCGAGUUUGUCACGGUCAAUUCCGAGUCAAGUGCCUCCCUCUGCGAGCUCUCCUGUCGGACUCAGUGUGCGCCCAAGUUGUGCUGUGGCGCUGCAGACAAGCAGGGUGUUGCUGGCACUGGUCCGGCAGGCGAGGGGAAGGUGCUGGCGGCCUCUGCAAUGGAGGUGAUCAGCGAGACCCCAGAGGGAGCAGCUGGAGCUUCAGUUCUGGAGCAGGCGGCUGCUGCAGUUGUCCAGGUGGUCCCCCGGACUCCGGAGCCCGAGGUCAUCAUCACCCGAGAGGUGGAAUCUUCUCUGUGAGACAGACCGGACACAGUCGGAGGAAGGAUAGAAUCACUACUAAAGUGGAUGGAAGUUUUUAAAAGUGCCAGCCAAAGUUGACAGUGGGUUGUCGUGUGUACAGCGCGCUCUGAUUCUGGAAACACUGGUAGGAAAAUGGCUCCACUACCGCAGACUUGUUCGAAGACAACCUUUGUCUCAGCCCUCCCACUGCCUACCCCCCCCCCCCCCUUCACUGCCAACCCCUCGCCACCUCCUCACCUCUGACCUCCGCAACCGCCAGGGCCACGGCCUGGUCUGGCCUGUUGCAUGUGUAUCCUUCCCCACAUUAGCGCCGGGUUGUGAUGUGUCACCAUCUUCCCAUCCCUCCACGGUGUCUCUGUGCCUAAGCGUCUCAAUAAAGGACAGAAUGGAGACUCCCCUCCAGCAAGUACCAUGAGCCAACACGACACUUGCAAGGCCAAGCACACCUGUCUACUCCGCAGGUCUUUUUGUUGAUCUAUGGACCUUUUCAUUUAUGAAUUCUUUUUUUAUUUUUUGGGGAUAGGCUUUGAACAUCAAUUUUCUUAGCCUUGGCCCCACAAUAGAAAAUUGUUAUUACAAUUUUAUUUAAGUUAUUAGUAACGAUCUAUAAUUUUCUCUGUAGAUGCAUUUAUAAUAUUUAGUUUGGAUGGUAGAUUUAAUUUGUGAAGUUUUUCUGAAUAUUUGACGAACCAUCUAUGCUGUAGACUUGUUUUUGAAAAUGUUUUUUUUUUUUUAUGAAUUUUUCUCAAACUUUUAUUCUGGCCUUGACUCUGUUUUAAUGGCAGUAGUUAGUUGAAGGCAGACGCUGUGUAAACCUCACCACGCCUAUAAUUCAAAUGGCUUUGAAAUAGCACUGAGUACUGUUCGCGUAAGUACUGUAGGCUAUCUUGUAUAUCAGCAAACUUCAGCAACCGUUUUAUUCAACAACAACAAAACCGGAUGCCUUGCAAGCCUGAGGGUCUAUCACUGAAGAAAAUGUGCACUACAAAAUGCCAAACAAUAUUCUGUUUUAAAUCUCUGCUGGAGAGCCAUCGGAUGGGUUGUUGAAAUUCAUACUAAUAUUCCUCAUGAAUGUGUUGGGGAGGGGACCUAGUCAAAAUCCAUCCUGAAUGUUUUUACAGUGUCCAGAGUGCUUCUGCUGCAACUUUGCAUGACCAAACUGAAGUGUGUUAUUUCAGCCACAGAGCUUCAAAACGAGCUAACACUGCUACAAAACAGUAGCCCACUUCCUUGUUUUCUCAGAUAGCGAGAAUAACUUUCUAGAUUAAAUGAAAUGUCACUGAAUCUUUUCCCUUCUUUCUAGUGAAUGGAUUUGUGAGGCUUUAUGUGCCGAUGUAGAGUCAUCUUAUAGUGGCCUUUUUAAAUGGGAAAUCUGAUGGAAGGAAAUUCCCUCGUUCAAUAUUAUUAUUAUCAACACAAAGAUAUCAUUUAUAUGUUGAUUCAAGGAUGCAUUUCAGAUUUCCACUCAAAGUAAAUGUGUAUGCAAUAUAGAAUAAUUGUAUUGGGAAAUGUAUUUUGACACGUUCCUUUGUUUUUGAAAAGGUCUCGUUACUUUUAUUGUCUUUUGAGACUCAAGCCCUCUGUGCAAAUUGAGGUAUGUGUCAUUUGUUUUUUCAGAUUUUAAAUAUGACAUGUCUGCCAAUGUGUUUUUGAUAUAUUACAGUACCCGUCAAUGUGUCAUUGUGAACAUUUUAAAAUGGCUGUUUGGUACAGAUGUCAAA